AUGGCGGAGGAACACAACAAUACCACAACCACAGUCACAGAAGAUUCCAUUCCCGAUCAUCGAGAAAAAACUGAUAUACCCGAAACGGUGCCGUUCAGAGUCGAUGACGUGGCAAAGGACGCGAAUGUUGUAUCGGGAACGGCGUCCUUGAAGGAAGCAGAAGAAGCUAUGAAUAUUGGCAACAAAACGGCGUCGUUGAGGGACGGUUUAGGUUCGGUUGAAGGUGAUGACGUGGCAGCUGGAUAUUCUUCUUCUUUUUCUUCUGUUAAACCUACCGUCGUUGAGCCGAUAAAGUACCAAAGAAGGAAAAAUAAACCAAAGAGUAAUUUCGAAAUUGAAACGGUAAAGAAUGUACCAAAAGAAGAAGAAACGGUUAAAGUCGAUGACGUGGCAGGUGGUGGCUCUGAUUCUCUUCCACCGGAGAAUGCGAAACGCGGCGUAAAGAGAAAACCGGAGAAGGAAGAUGAAGUGGUCGAAGGCAAUGGCGUGGGGGUGGCGUUGGGAGGUUUAUCUUCUGUUGAUUUUAUUGCGAGAAAGAGUGAACGUCCUAGGAAGGUUAAAUUGUUUGCGGAUUUCGUGUCAGUGUUGGACGUGGAAGUGAAGAAGAACGGGGAUUGUAGAAGGAAGAAUGCGGUAAUAGAUGUACAUGAAUGGGAAUAUGUGAAGGAAGAGAAGAAGAAACCUGGUAGAAAAAGGAAGAAUGAUUAUAGUUCUGAAGAAGAUUAUAAAGAUGCCUUAGAUGGGGAAAGCGUGAAGAAAGAGAAGAAGAAUGGUUCUAGUUCUGAAGACGAUUAUAAUCUUGAACUAGACGGGGAAAAUGCGAAGAAUAGGAAGAAGAAACCUGGUAGAAAAAGUAAGGCAGUUCAUGAUGAUUCUGGAGAAGCAUAUGAAGCUGCACUUGACGGGGAAAAUGGGAAGAAAACACCUGGUCGGAAAAUUAAGAUCGAAGAGAAUGAACUGGUCUCUGAAAAGAAGUCUGAGAGUUAUGUGCUGAAGGACAUUAAAACUGAAACGCCUUUGUCUAAUGAUAAUAAAGGUUAUCCUUUACGAACGACUAUUAACAGGAAACCUGCAUUACUUGAACAUGUGGUGCCAAAACCCAACAACAAAAAUACUAAGUUUGUUGAAGAGGUGUCCUUAAUGUGCCAUCAAUGUCAGAGAAAUGAUAAGGGCAGGGUUGUCAGAUGCACUAACUGCAAACGGAAAAGAUUUUGCAUACCCUGUAUAAAUAAUUGGUAUCCUUACUGGAAAGAGGACGAAAUUGCUGAGAAAUGUCCGGUGUGCUGUGGUAAUUGCAAUUGCAAAGCAUGCUUGCGAUCAUGUGUACUUGUCAAUGCAAUUAAAGACAAAAAGAAAGAAACCAGCAAAGAUCAUGAGGUUGGGCCCUCCAAGUAUAUGCUAAAAGAACUUCUUCCGCAUUUAAUACGAUUGGAUGAGGAACAAAUGACCGAGAAGGAGAUAGAGGCGAAAAGACAAGGGCUCCCACUAUCGGAGCUAAAAAUAAAAGUAGCAGAUUACUUUAAAGAUGAGCGCGUGUACUGUGAUAACUGCAAAACAUCAAUAUUUGACUACCACAGAAGCUGUACAAAAUGCUCAUUUGACAUCUGUCUCCUCUGUUGCUGUGAGCUUCGUGGUGGCAAGCUUCUUGGUGGUGAUGAACCGAUUGAGUUUGAGUUCAUCUUCCGAGGGCGUGAUUAUCUGCAUGGUGGAGAUGCAGAGAGACAAAAAAGAAUAAAGAAACCUCGUUCUGCAGCCCAGCCUGAGAUUCGUGAAUGGUCAAAAUCUGGGUGGCAUGCAGAUACUGAUGGUAGCAUUCCCUGUCCAAAGACCAAUAAUGAUUGCGACCAUGGUUUCCUUGAACUGAGAAGCAUACUUCAGCCAAAUUGCAUAUCUGAGUUAGUAUGGAAAGCAAGAGAACUUGUAGAGGAAGCAAUGAAACUUCAAGAUGCCGAGGAGAAUCUAGAUGAUAGGUGUUCUUGUUUGAAGCCUGUUAAGAAUUCAGAUGAUAUACACAAUAACACAAGGAAGGCAGCUUUUCGUGAAGAUUCCAGCGACAACUUUUUAUAUUGUCCUAGGGCUGUAGAUCUACAUCAGGAGGAUUUAAGACAUUUUCAAUUGCACUGGAGCAAAGGGGAGCCUGUAAUUGUCAGCAAUGUACUUGAAUGUACAUCUGGUUUAAGCUGGGAACCGUUUGUCAUGUGGCGUGCAUUCCGCCAGAUAAGCAACACGAAGCACAAAACACUCUUGGAUGUGAAGGCAAUUGAUUGUUUAGAUUGGUGUGAGGGAGAGAUUAAUGUGCACCAAUUCUUUACUGGGUACACAGAGGGUCGAUUGGAUUGGUGUAAAUGGCCUCAGGUUUUGAAAUUGAAAGAUUGGCCUCCUUCUAAUUUAUUUGAGGAAAGUUUGCCUCGUCAUUGUGCCGAGUUCAUAUGUUCUUUGCCGUUUAAAGAAUAUACAGAUCCUUUCAAAGGUUCUCUUAACCUUGCUGUGAAGUUGCCUGGCGAUGUUUUAAAGCCAGACAUGGGCCCAAAAACAUACAUUGCUUACGGAUUUGCUCAAGAGCUUGGGCGGGGUGAUUCUGUGACUAAGCUCCAUUGUGAUAUGUCUGAUGCAGUAAAUGUGUUGACUCAUAUUGCUAAAGUUGAAUUGAAACCUGAGAGCAUUGAUGCCAUCAAGAAACUGACAAGAAAGCACCUCGAGCAAGACAAACGGGAGCUACAUCUACGUGCUGAUAAACACGAUGGACAAACCAAUGUUAGCAUGCUUGAUGAUUCAUCGUCUUCCAUAACUGCACCAGACGAGCAAAAUAUAGCCCGAGUCAUGGAUAAUGAAAAUGAGUUAUGCAAUGAGAAGGUGGCUGAAUAUGUUCAUCAACACUCAGGUGCAUAUAAUGAUGGCCUUUCUUCUGGAUCAAAGCUCAAAGAGGUUGAUAAAGUGAUUGUGAAAAAAGAUGAUAGUUUGUUGGUUGGGGAUGAUUCUUUAGAUGGUGCCCUUUGGGAUAUUUUUCGGAGAGAAGAUGUACCAAAAUUGGAGGAAUAUCUAAAGAGGCAUUUUAGAGAGUUCAGGCAUGCCCAUUGCUCUCCUUUAAAGCAGGUUGUUCACCCCAUCCAUGAUCAGACCUUUUAUUUGACUAUUGAGCAUAAGAAGAGACUGAAGGAAGAGUAUGGAAUUGAGCCCUGGACUUUUGUUCAGAAGCUAGGAGAUGCUGUUUUCAUUCCCGCUGGUUGUCCCCACCAAGUCCGUAAUCUAAAGUCAUGCACCAAGGUUGCUCUUGACUUUGUCUCUCCUGAAAAUGUUGGCGAGUGCUUUCGCUUGACAGAGGAAUUCCGCAAGCUUCCAGUAAAUCACAAGUCCACAGAGGACAAAUUGGAGGUGAAGAAAAUGAUUAUAUAUGCUAUGCUUGACCUGGUAAAAAACUUGGAAGAAGCAAGGUCUGGGGAAACUGGGGAAACUAAGGUUCCAGUGUAA